AUGGAUGGAACAUGGACGGAUGUCCGACGGAGGAAACCACCGGCGAUUCAAGCAAUCACUAAUUUUUUUGUUGCAGGCUUCCCUGAUGGCACAAGUAAAGGUGAACUCCGACAGACUUUUGCAAGAUAUGGACAGGUGGUGGAUGUUUACAUCGGCGGAAGAAAGGACUACAGGAAGAAGAAUUACUCAUUUGUAAGAUUCCACGAAGGAAGAGAGUUGAACAACUUGGAAAAGAACUUACAGGGCAUCAUUUGUCGUGGGCAGCAACUUGAGGUAAACUUGGCUAAACAUCAAAGAAAAACUAAGGGUCCAAAAAUUCCUACCUUCCAUAGGGAGGCUGCACCAGAAAUCAAUCUCAGGUAUGUUCCUCCUCCUUCUUCCUCUGUCUUGCAUUCUCAUGACUUUAGAACCAGAAAUUAUGCACAACUAGUGAAGGUCUCAACAACAAAAUCAACUAAGCCACUAAGCACACCAGUUAUCCUAAAUCCAAACACAAGCAUGAAACAUUGGAUCCAGAAAACAGUCCUAAUUGGUGAUGUAACGACCCGUCUCUGGCUUGAAAGAGAAGAAGAAGAAAGGAACAAAGAGAAGAGGUGUAGAGCAAAGAUCCAAGGUGAAGCCUUCAGCCUUGACCAUAUUGCUAACCUCCCGGCUUCUCUACUUAUGAACGAAAAUACAAAGUACUUUGGUGGUCUUAGGAUUGCCCUAAAGUUCAACCACUCAAUGGAUGCAACUCAAUUCCUGGAGGAUAACACUAGAUGGAAAGAUUGGUUCAAAAAAUUAUCAAGAGCAGAUCAGUAUGAACUUCCCUAUGAAAGAACUGCUUGGUUAAAAAUACUAGGACUACCUAUACAAUUGUGGGAAGAAGAAAAUUUCAAUCUGAUUGCUCAACGAUUUGGUAGAGUGAUCAAUCCAUUCAGUCAUAUCAUCACCAGACGCCACUUCUCUAUGGGAAAAGUGGGUGUAUUAACGACCGAAAAGAGAUGGAUAAAUGAGACGAUUAACAUCAUGGCAGACGACAUAUCGGUUACGAUAGGUGUUGUAGAAUACACCGAUGACUGGUCUCCUUUCCAUCCCGUCUCAUUUGACAAAGUGGUGGAGGAAUCGGAAGAUGAAGAGGAGACAGAAAAUGAAGACGACGAGGACAGGAUCUCCGACACAUACAUGCAAGACGACGCAAACGAACCAGAGGAAGGUGAAAUUAGAGCGGAAACCACCACGAAACACCAAGGCAACGAUGGUGCCGAGUCUUCUUCUCCGGCAACUAACGGAGUAGGCCCCGACCACGAAACUGAAGCGUUGCCGCUCACGAAAGAAAAUCAUGACAGUGCAAUUAAUGGGAGCAAUUCCCUUCCCGAUGCAAUGAAUUUGAAGAACGCAAACGGUAAAUCGACGGAAGAGGCGGUCAAAGUUAAUACGUAA